GUUGGAAUCUGGCAUUUAGGGAGCUGUUUGACAAGAAAGUCAGACACUGGUUUUAGGGCAGUGGUCUCUGAAGGAAGGGCAGAGUACAACCAAAUAAAUUUCAGCAGCUGUCACAACCCUCUCUGAUCCCUCUACUCUGAUUUCAGCACCAGAUUAUCUGGUCUGUUGCCUGUGAGGUUAUUUGAGGCUGAUUAAAGGAUAGCACAGCUCAUCAUACUCAGUGUCAAGAUAUCCUGAUCCAUUGACAAAUACACUGGGUGAUUAUAAAAAGCCUUCUGAAUGCUGAUUGUGUUCCCCAUGGAAAGAACACUCAAGUAAUAGGAGUGAAUGAAUGUUUAACUUCUUCCUUUAGGUAUGUAAUCUCACGAAGUAGCAUGCUGAUAAUGUUUCUUCAACAGGAGGAGAUGGCAGAGCUUAAGGCACAGCUUUACCUGCUGGAGAAGGAAAAGAAAGCAUUGGAAUUGAAACUGAGCACUCGAGAGGCCCAGGAGCACGCCUACCUCAUCCAUAUUGAGCACUUGAAAUCUGAAGUGGAAGAACAAAAAGAGAGGAUGAGGUCUUUCGGCUCAACCAGCAGCGGAAGCAAAGACAAAUUGGGCAAGGAAGGCAGUGAUGGUACUGCAGCAGCAACAACACUAACACUAGGUGAGCUGAGCCCAUAUGACGAGAGUGAAGUGACUGCUGAACUGACAAACGCACUCAGGCGGGAGAAGAAAAUGAAGGCUAGAGUGCAAGAGUUAGUGAGUGCUUUGGAGAGACUCACCAAGAGCAGUGAAAUCAGACAUCAGCAGUCCGCAGAAUUUGUUAAUGACCUUAAACGGGCAAACAGCAACUUGGUAGGAGCUUACGAAAAAGCAAAGAAAAAGCAUCAGAAUAAGCUGAAGAAAUUGGAAUCACAAAUGAUGGCCAUGGUGGAGAGACAUGAAACACAAGUAAGAAUGCUCAAACAAAGAAUAGCUUUACUAGAAGAAGAGAAUUCUAGACCACACACCAAUGAAACUUCACUUUGAAUCCAUCUCCUUCUAAGAUGCUUAGUGCCAUUACAAAUUUUUCUUUUGGAGGCUGACUUAAGUAGCUUGAAACGCUAAAAGCCCUGACUGUCAAUGCUGACACAGUAAGAACCUUCUCUGGGAUGCCAGAGAGGUGUUAUGGGGAUAAUGUGUUAACCUUAAGGACUGUUUUGUAAUGUCAAAUGGCAGUGCCUGAAUUAUCAUGCUAUAAUUAUAUAUGUUGUCUGUGUCAUUAUGUCUCUAUUCUUACAGCUUCUCUUCCAUUUUACGUGUCCCAUGGGUGACAGUGUCACACAGUAAUUCUUAACAGAGUUUUCAAUUUGGGCAGUUUGGAGGCCAUUUGAGUUUUCACAAUCCCUGUGCUCCCUCUGCACACAACACAAUAGUGUUGUGUACCCU